CCUUUGGUCUUGUAAUUGAUAGAGUUGUUGGGGGUGUAAAUGACAGUUGAGGGUCUGCAGGUUGCGACAGACAUCCUUAGAGAGAGACAGUGGAGAGACACAGACAUCCUCAGCCCGCCGACAUGAGCAAGAACGAAUUAAUCCUCCCCAAGGAUUUUCCUCAGCUGCAGAAUGACACAUUCCUGCGAGCGGCGCGAGGAGAAGAAACGGAACAUGUCCCAGUCUGGUGCAUGAGACAGGCUGGAAGAUACCUGCCAGAGUUUCGGGAGUUCAGAGCAGGGAAGGACUUCUUUGACACAUGUCGGUCACCAGAGGCCUGCUGCGAGCUCACUUUGCAGCCUCUUAGACGUUAUCCAUUUGAUGCUGCCAUCAUCUUCUCUGACAUCCUAGUCGUCCCACAGGCACUGGGUAUGGAUGUCCAGAUGGUACCAGGUAAAGGUCCAACGUUCCCGGAGCCCCUGAAAGAGCCGGAAGACCUGCAGCGCCUACGGGUGAAAGUGGACGUGGGCAAGGAGCUGGGCUACGUUUUCAAAGCCAUCACGCUGACCAGACACAAGAUCGAAGGCAAAGUGCCGCUCAUAGGAUUCACUGGAGCUCCGUGGACACUGAUGUCCUACAUGAUAGAAGGCGGAGGCUCGAACACCCACUCUAAGGCGAAGCGUUGGCUGUACCGGCACCCCGAGGCCAGCCACAUGCUGCUGAAGAUGCUGACGGAUGUGAUAGUGGAGUAUCUGGUGGGACAGGUGGCAGCUGGAGCACAGGCUCUGCAGGUGUUUGAGUCCCACGCUGGCAUUUUGGGUCCAGCGGAGUUUAAAGACUUCUCUCUGCCUUACCUUCGAGACAUCGCUCGCCGUGUCAAAGAUACACUCAAAGAGAAAGGACAGGACGUCCCCAUGAUUGUGUUUGCAAAGGAUGCUCACUACGCUCUAGAGGAUCUGUCUCAGUCUAAUUAUGAGGUGGUCGGACUUGACUGGACUAUUGACCCACGAUCAGCAAGGGAGCGCACAGGAGGGAAGGUUAGCCUGCAGGGAAACAUGGACCCAUGUGCUCUCUAUGCUCCAAAGGAGCGCAUUUCAGAAAUCGUGAAGAAGAUGGUGGAGGGAUUCGGAACCAGGGGCUACAUCGCCAACCUGGGUCACGGCCUUUACCCUGACAUGGACCCGGAGAACGUCGGCGCCUUUGUCGAAGCUGUUCACCAACACUCAAAACAAAUGAUCAAACAAAUCUAAAACUGAAUCAUGUCUGCUUGUGUGUAAGCUAAACAAAACUGAUGUUGGUGAUGAUAAAAAUGUACAAUUAUGCAUUAUUUUAUUAAAAACUGUGAAAAGAAAUAAGUUGCUGAUGUUUUAAAUUAAAUUCCUUCAAAUUUAGUUGAUUCCACAGAGUUGUACAUUUUCAAAAAGGGAUUCUAAACCAAGGAGGAAACAAAUGGUAAAAAAACAAUGUCUUGAUAUUCAAUAUAAACCACAAAAAUCAUGUAUGUUGCUACAUAUUCCCUUCACUCAUGUCUAGUGGAGACUUUCAGGAUAAACAAGAUGUUGGUUUUCUAAGACAAGAUUUUCUAUUAAUCUAAAAUAUCUUGAUCUGACCAGGAGUGGAUUAUGUAUUUGGAUUGGAAAGGGUUGACCUCAUUCUUGCAAGUACAUGUGCAAUACAAACACAUUUGAAGUUGUAAGAGAUCCUGUUUGCAUUCAUGUUGAAUCUGUUCAGUAAUGGAUGAAAACAGCGUUGACUUGUUGAUGGAAAAACAUUCAUUUAGAUAUUUGUCAUCCAACCAAACUCUAUAUUAUUAUGUUACACUGCGUCAUCAAUCAAAACUGGGCCCUUCAUCAAGACAAGUAGCUUCUUUGUCAAAGGUUCUACGUUUCCGAACAAACUGCUGAGAAAACAGAAGCUGGUGAUUUGGCGAAUGAAUUUCAGCAAGGGACACACGACUGCAGUUAUAUAAUCAGUUUUUAAGGGAAAAUGUCAGCUCACAGCAGUCGAUCGUUCCAUCCCACAUCUUAGCAGUGAACAAAUCCCCCGCCAGAUCUCAGCAUGGAGAGUUUUAUUUUUACUGCAGCGGAUAGAAAAAACACAUUGUACGAGAAGAUGCCUUAAUGCUGUUGUUGUCUUUGUUUUUCACUCAUUGGUUUUUAUCCUUUUUUUCAUUUUAAUCAACUCAGACUUAUAGAAAAAGUGGCUUAUGAGAUGAAUUACAUUGUAAUCAUCUUGAGAGGUUGGAUCCAAUUUGUAGUUAACCACCAUAUUAAGGCGUACAAAUCUGCAUAUUUGGCUAUUUUUUUUCCACCAUGUUAAUUUUUUGUCAAAUUUUAUGUCGUAUUUUAAAUAAAGUUACACAUAAAAUGU